CUCCCGGCUAUAAGUACGUGAACCACGCACCACUCGAUUGCCGCAAGCCCAAGCGAUCCCACCCAAGCUCAACGGGAAUGGCCAUGGCCAAGACAGCCUUCUUCCGAGCUGCUGUCUUCUCUCUUCUGCCUCUGCUCUCUCGGCUUCCUCCGUCCAUGGCGAGGCCUGCAGACUUCGCGCGAGAUUUCCACGUAACGUGGGCUGAUUCCCACGUCUCACCGACCGGUGGUGGCGCUGCGAUACAACUCCUCCUCGAUCGAUCCUCCGGUUGUGGAUUUGCUUCGAAGAAUAAGUUAAUGUUCGGGCAUGUGAGCAUGAAGAUCAAGCUCAUCUCCGGGGAUUCUGCAGGCACAGUAACAGCUUUCUACCUGAGUUCGGAGACGGAUGCCAUACGAGAUGAGCUAGAUUUUGAGUUCUUGGGGAACAGGUCGGGGCAGCCAUACACGGUUCAGACCAACGUGUACGCGCACGGGAAGGGAGACAGAGAGCAGAGGGUGAACCUCUGGUUUGAUCCAUCCGCAGACUUCCACACCUACUCCAUCCUGUGGAAUCACCACCACGUUGUCUUUUUCGUCGAUGCCAUUCCCAUCAGAGUGUACAAGAACAACCAAGCACGCGGGGUGGCGUACCCCGACGCGCAGCCCAUGGGGAUCUACUCCACGCUGUGGAACGGCGACGACUGGGCGACGAGGGGCGGCCUCGAGAAGAUCGAUUGGGGCAAAGCGCCGUUCCGCGCUUACUACAAGGAUUUCGACAUCGAGGCGGCGUGCGCUGCUCCAGCUGGCGGCCUCGGCAGCUGCGCCACCACGGCGGCCAACUGGUGGGAGGCUCCCUCGUUCCAGCAGCUCAACGCGGCUCAGGCCAGGGCGUAUCGUUGGGUGAGGGUGAACCACCUCGUCUACGACUACUGUACUGAUCGGACUCGUUACCCGGUCCCGCCCCCAGAAUGCUUGGCUGGCUACUGAAGGAGACGAAGCUGAAGUGGCCUGCGUGUGUGUGUGUGGGUGUGCAGGACCAGAGAAUAAUAUGAUGGAUUGAUGUAAGGAACUUUAGCCUGUUGUGGUUUUAUGCGAUGAGAGCUCCCAAAUUGAGACCA